AUGCAGUCUUUCAACAGCUAUGGAUCUGCUCCUGUUUCUGCUCCUGUUCCUGCGAAGGGCAAGGAACCUGCUAUUGCCACCUGGUCGACGCCUCCGCAACCUUCUGCGUACCCUACGAAGGAGCCGAAAUGCCGGCCUCCUCUUUCCAGUGCGACAUUUGCCAGACCUCAGACCGCGCUGAACACGUCUCCUCAGACCGCGAUGAGAACGUCUCGGUCGGCGGGGGGCGCUCCAGUUCUCGAAGGCCCCGGUCACCAGGCGGACGGCAGCAGCACGACUUGGACCUCUUCCAGUGCGGAGCAGGCGUUGCUAUCGGAAGGUGAAGGAUCGGACGAUCGGGAGCAGUUCAUGCAAGAAUACAACAGGCUUGCGAAACAGUACGGCGUUCGGCUUUCCGUGCCUGGGUACAUUCUGGCCAUAUCUUCAAGCGCAUCUAUGUCUCUUCCGGAUCGAAAGGGAAGCUGGUUUUCCAGAGUUUUACGACAUGCUUCCUCGGGGCAGCCACCGCAGUCUGCGACUGUCAAGUCACACCGGAGUCACUUGCCACAUCGGCGGAGCAUCAGCGAUGUUGCUCUGAAUCUCGUCCAUCACCAGAGAAGAGAUGGGCUGAAGGACGAAAGCCUCCCAGCUCUGGUCCGACUAUGCGGGAAGAGCCUCUUCUACCUGCCCACGGAGUAUGCCCCAUGCUCCUUGGUUCUACCCACAUGCUUCCGUGCGCUGGCGCAAGCUCUCGUACAACAGGCGGAUGCGCCCGGCAUUUUUCGCGUUCCUGGCUCGAUUCGCGUCGUCAACUCGCUGUAUGACUACUAUUGUGCCGACCGAGAUACCAACGAUAUCUCUAGCACAACUCGGUGCCCAACCCUCCCAAAGCAUAUCAGGUGUGGGGUACAUGAUGUCGCAUCAACAUUCAAAAGGUUUCUCGCUGGUUUACCUGGUGGUAUCCUAGGCUCUUUGAGCCUGUUUGAUGCUUUGGUCGCCAUCCAUAGUCAGCUGUAUGGAGAAGCAGAGUCAAACAGGACCAAGCAGACCAAGCUUCGCGCGAGGAUGAUCGCACUCGCUCUUGGCGCCGUCAAGUCUCGGUACCAAAGGGAGCUCAUAUGCGCAGUGUUUGGCCUCCUCUGUCUUGUCGGCCGAGCGGCAGAAACCGCACCUCGUGAAGACGAAGGCGGCCGCCCACUCCCGACCAGUGACCGAAUGGGAUAUAAUGCGUUGGGCAUAGUCUUCGGACCCCUUUUACUAGGUGACUUGAUCGACUCCUAUAGCAUGAAGGUGGCGGAUCCGUCGACUGGCCUGAUACUACUGCCUGCAACACCACCGAAGUUGAGAAAAGGGAAGCACAAGAAAUCCAAAUGCCGUGUCCAUAAAGCAGCCCCUUCUUUCACCGUCGACAAGAUACACGUCGCAAACAAUAUCACUGAGAUGCUCAUCACUCAUUGGCGGGAGGUUGUCAGGCACAUGCGAAGUGUAGGAUCACUGAAGAUGAGAAAGGCGACAGAUAAGGGAGACCAUCGAGGGAAUAGAGGAGUGCUCAGAUCAUCGGCCUCAGACUCAUUCGCACUACGACUGCCUCCAGACUGGGCUGAUCAUCGACCCUACGCUCGAGGCCGGGGGGAAAGCGUUUCUCCUGUAACUGUUAGCCCAACACCGACGACGAGGGCAAGGUCAUUGAAAACGGAUCGCGAGUUUGUGAAUCCUACCCUUGAGCCUCUACAUGUCAAGCGACGGCGCUCUCGGCCUUCCCGUUCUGAGUCGCCACAGACCAUUGUCAUGAAGACCUCAGCGCACGUGCUGUCGCCAACGGUGGAGGAAGGCCCAUUCGACUGCCUCGUCAAUCAUACACCACGGAGAACUGACAGCACAUCUUUUACUACAAUAUAUCAUGCAUCAGAGGACAAAGACGCGACGCUUCUUGCGUCCCAGGCCUCUAGGUCCCCUGCAGCGCAUAUGAAUCGGUCGUCGACGAAGGAGAAAAGAGCCACCAUGAUCCAAGAGGUAGAAAUACGCUACCCCUAUAAUCCCAUUGCAAACCCAGGAAAGGUGGACGUGUUGCAAUCGAAAGUCCGAGAACAGAGAACCUCGUCUUCUUCCGGAUCCGACAUCGACAUUCGUUCUCGAAUGUAUAAGCAGCCUGCAUUUUCGACAAGGGACGAGAGCUCGCCGUCGCCCACGUUCGAGGGGACGUCGAAACAUGAUACUAGGGGUGAAGAACCUAAAACCUUGAAUAUACCACACAAGGGCCCGUCAUCGUCACCGACCUUUGGGGAAAUGUCAAAGAGUUACACAGAGCAUGAAGAACCGGAAACCUCAAAUUUACCAGUCAAGGGCCCUUCCAAGGAGCAGUUGACAAGAAGAGGCUCUCCCCUUCCACCCUUGCGAGCCUCCGAAGGGCAGUACUCAACUGCGACAAGAGACCGGGGCCCGUCAUCAUCUUCCAUGUUGAAGGGAACGUCGAAACAUCAUACUGAGCAUGAAGGACCGGGAACCUCAAAUAUACCACGCAAGGGUCCUUCCAAGGAGCAGUUGACACCCAGACGCUCUCCCCUUCCAACCUUGCAAGCCUCCGAAGGGCAAGGUGAGACAAUUCCCGGCAACUCCGACCACAAGACCAGACCUUUUGACAAGUGGGUACCAAAAUGCUCUACCCUUCCAGCCUUGCAAGCACCCGAAGGGCAAAAUGAGACAAUUCUCGACGACUCCGACCACAGGGCAAGCCCCUUAGACGAGUGGGAAACUGUCACUGAGCAGAGCAAAGUCAGCACCGAGUCUCAGACCCGUCUGGCAAAUCAAAGAGGAUUGGCCCGUAGUACGGGCUACUUUUCUUCUCAGCAAAGUCAAGAGUCACUGAGCACAGCAGUCGAGAAGCCGACCACACCAGAGUGGAAACGUCAACUCGUGAAGAAGCGAAGUCAGCAAAGGCAAAAACCAGCCAUCCCUUCCCCUGAACGGAAGACCGUAUUCGAGAAGUCGUCACAAUCUAGCAUUCCGCAAUACAAUGCUUCUCCGGCCAAGGUAAAGGGGCUUUCGCCAGCCAAGAACACCCUGGAAGCUGUGGGCAGUGGGUCCAUCUCCUCCAUAUCACAGCGCUCAACUUCAAGGCCGGCUAACGGCGCAGUCAAAGCCAUGGCGGCCCUUUUCGACAAUGCUAUUAGGGAAUCGCCCCGCGCAUCGGCCACAAUGAGAACCUACAGCGGUUUGGGAGGAUCCAAUAGCAACCUCUCUCAGUAUACCAGGAGUAACUCGCCCACGAAGUCGGUCACAACGACUAUGGGUUCAAGGACCACUACCCCGGCAAGGACUUCCGGUCCGAGUAAGAUCCCAAUGAGGCGUCUAGAUAAUGCGACGCCGAGAACGGGCAUGGGGACUUCAAAUCGGAAUAAUGUUCGGCAAUCAUGUGCUCCGCCAGUCGUUCAAACACCAACACGAUUUCCUCAUGUCUCUCUGCGGCCCACGGGCUCAUUUACUGCUGCAAUGACACAGCCGCAGGGAUCGCCGAGCCAGCAAAUCCCCGAACGUGACCGAGAAACUCCAGGUCUGGGUACGAUGGUUCCUCCCCGUGAAGAGCCCCCAGUCGCGCACUUUAUUCGCCCGAAUUCUACAGUUUCCUUUCGGCUCCAGAAUGACAUUGAUGAUGAUCACCGGCCAGGUCUAGGUCCGAGGACUCAAAGCGGCAACUCGGUACUUCAUGCCCAGAUACGCACGCUCCAGAGACGUCUAGAGAAUAAAAAUGAAGAGAUAUUCACGCUGAGGCGCCAAUUAGAGACGAGCGAGAACAUGGACGUCGGAACCCUGAGCGAGCAAUUGCGACAGGCAAAGCGGGAGUGUCAGAUGUGGCGCGACAGAGCUGGAGCGGCCGAGAGGCGGAUAGCGGUCUUUGAGCGCUUCUUGGGCCGUUUCCGCGGGAUGAGAGAUGCUGCGGACCGGGAAUUUCAAGAGAGUCAGGGAGGAAUAACUGUAACUGGGGAGGAGAGUACGAGGCCGGAACAUGGCCACGGCCACGGCCACGGCCGCGCCAGGGGUUCCGGUUCCUCAUCCUGCUCGGUACACACGGAGAACCAGGAGGUACUGCGAGACCGUAUCCGGGGCAGUAUCAUCCAGCAGAGCGCCCGGAGGGGCGGUGGCUUGGAUGGUACGGAAUUCGGCGGAGACGAGGAAGUCUUUGGCAGGACUCCGGCAAUGGGGCGAUCGUCGACGACGGAUCCGGGAAGGGUGGUCUCGGGCAGGACUGUGGAGCUGUGGAACACUGCCAUGGAGCUGCUGGACUCUUACGAGGAGGAGGACAUGGACAUGCGGCGCUGGAAUUACUAA